UUGAACUUUAGAUAUGAUUGUUAGAAACAUUAUUAUAUAAAAGGUCCGAUUUGUUUAGUAGCACUUUUGAAGAAAUUUGUUGUUAUGUUACUGUUAUUUUUGUGGAUUGUUAUAUAAAAGAUCUGAAUUGUUAAGUUUUUCAUUGUACCUUUAAUGUGAUAUUUAUAUAGCCAGAAAAGUGAAACUUAAUUGAUGCCUCACUAGCCCAAAAAAAAGAUACUUAAAAUGUCAUGAUAAUGCUUUAUUAUGUGGGACCUAAGUCCAAGUGGGUGGACAAUUAUUUUGUCUAUACCUUAUAGGUAUUAAUGUGGUCCACUAUCAGUGGUUUCUAAAUAAGGCGUAUGGAAGUUGGCUUUAUCUUGCCAGUGCAUAUUUGUUCUGCUAAAAUUGGAAUAAUAUUUUUUUUAAUAGUAAGUUACUCCAAAUAGCUUGAUGUGGACUUCAAUUUUUUUUUCUAAGGUAUGGAGCUUCCACGGGUAUCCCUACAUCCGGAGCCAGAAGUGUACGAUGUGUUAACACUCCAGGAGAAGCAUCGAUCACAGGCUGUGUGGGAUGGCGCCUUGAGAGGACUGACCGGAUGCCUGUUUCCACGCCGCGCAGAUACUGAAUUUUGUAAGCACGUGAAGCGUCAUCCUUUUCAUCCUCACAUCCUUGACUACUUUGGCCUGUGUGGAUUUAGGAGAGUAGUACAGGUAGGAUGUGUAUCAUAUGAUUGGGCAGUCAUCACUGCACUUAUAGAGAGAUGGCGUCCUGAGACGCACACCUUUCAUCUGUGUACGGGUGAGGCGACCAUCACAUUACAAGAUAUUGCGCUCAUGUUUGGCAUGGUUGUUGAUGGUAAUCCCUUGAAUGAUGUUAAUGCUAGAAAUAUAAGUAUUGUUGGGUGGCAACAAUUAAUCCAUGAGCUUACUGGUUGGGCAACCGGUCUGGAUUGUUUUAAUGGUGUUAGUAGGUUAGAAGUAAAUAAAUUAAUUGAAUAUAUUAGAGGCUUAGAUGACUUUACAGAUCAGACCCCAGAAAUUGAUGUGCAACAGCGGGUUAGGUUGUACUUGCUAUGGCUUUGUGGUGGCACGAUAUUUCCGGAUAAGUCCGGUGACUUACUUAAUUUAGACUAUUUGCUUGACAUGCGUGACCUUAGAGCAAUGAGUAGACGAUGAGUUUGAUAUUCGGGGUACUACGUAUCUUCCCGCUAUGAAUAUUGGGCUUCAAAGAGGUGUACUUCAACAAGAAACAAUGGUAGGAGUUGGUAGCCAGUCACAUAACUUUGGUUGGACUAUGCAGAGCUGUGAUAUUCCUGGACCGAGUAGUGCUCCAGAUACAAGUGAAUUAGGUGGCGGGAGUAUAGUUCGAUAUCGCCCUACUCAAGUGGAGUCAUUUACGGAAAGGUGUAACGAUUUUAAAGAAAACCCCGUAUUAACUCAGCUCACACAAAUUGUGAGCAAUAAUGAUGUAGCUAAUGAUCACUCCGAUGAGUCAAAUAGUGAUAUCCCAUUAGAUCACGCAGAAACAGACGAUGAUCGUUCAUCUGAUGAUGAUGGUCAUUCUUAUGAAGACAUUACUGCUCGAAGUGAUGGUAACGUUAUCUACCAUUCUAAUGCGAUUCCAUAUUUGGAUAACACAGAAGAAGGCCCGGAUGAUUUUGCCUUCAUGAGAGAUGACGGUCCAGUUCGAUCUGCACUUUGGGAUCGUAAAAAACCUGAAUUUAUCAAAUCAGGUAUGUUAUUUCAGAACAAGCAGCAAAUGAAAGGCGUAGUGAGAAAAUAUUGUCUCAAAGAAAAGAAAGAGUUCAUUUGUGAUCAGUCCAAAGGUAAAUUUUGGAGGGUUAUUAGCAAGCGUCAUAUGUUGGGAUGUGAGUGGAUGAUCCAUUUUAGAGAAAUUUCAAGUGAUAUGUGGAAGGCAGGCAAAACGGUUCUCCAACACAGUUGUCUCACGGAUGAUUACAGAAAGGAUCAUUCCAAUUUGAACAGUCACCUAAUUACUACUACGUUGAUACCAUAUAUUAUGGUCGAUCCAUACAUCAGUAUUAAGUCAGUUCAGAAAAAAUACAAGGAUUGCAUACGUUUACUCUUAGUUAUAGAAAAACAUAAAAGGGGCGUAAGAAAGCUAUUGAAAUGGUAUUUGGUGAUUUUGAAACCUCCUUCAAGACAUUGCCCUGACACAUGGCUGCCUUACAAUAUUUCAAUUUGGGGACCGUUGUUGAGUGGAAGCACCAAUCAACUACAAUGCAAGGUGAACGCAUCUUCACAUUUCUUUUCUGAGCUUAUAAACCAAGCAUUGAUGGAUUCAAAAAUUACAGGUCUGUCAUCUCAAUAGACGGCACUCAUCUGUACGGUAAGUAUGAGAUGAAACUGCUAAUUGCUGUUGGAAUUGAUGCGAACAAUAACAUUUUUUCACUUGCAUAUGCUAUUGUUGCACGCGAGAGCUUUAAGUCUUGGACGUGGUUCCUUAUGUUGUUGUGGAGACAUAUUGUUCGUGAGAGACAAGGAAUUGGACUUAUUUCUGACUGUCAUCAGGGCAUCUUGCAAUAUGUCCAAACACAUGAUUGGUUACAACCACCAUCCACACACCAUAGGUUUUGCAUUCGGCAUUUGAAAAACAACUUUAAUAAAAAGUUCCUCAACAGUGACCUUGAGAAGCUAAUGUGGUUGGCGGCUACAGAGCACUAGAAGAAGAAGUAUAAAAUGAGGAUGGAACAAAUCAAAAGAAUGUCACCUCCAGCGCAUCCGUGGUUAAAAGCUCUUCCGCAGGAGAAUGGACAUUGCAUAAGGACAACGGUCAUAGGUGGGGGGCUAUGACAACGAAUGUCUCCGAGUCUUACAACGAUUUAUUGAAGAAAGCUCGUGGAUUGCCCGUUACUGCCAUGGUCCGUUAUACGUUUAAAAAUCUUGUUGAUCGAUUUGUUGAGAGAAACACCCUUGCUGAUUUGUUGAUUGCGGAUAAAAAGUUUUGGCCGCGUGCUAUUGAAAAGAAGUUUGAUGAAUACUGGGAGAGGUCCCUAAAACAUACUGACAUGCAAUAAUACAAUGCAGCUGAAGGGGUCUUUGAGAUUCUGACAUUUGCACUAAGGUAAGGGCGGAAAUAUCCAUAAAGUCUCUGCCGAAGGGAAAAAGUGUUCGUGUGGGAAGUGGAGAAACUACCAUAUGCCAUGUUCACAUGCCAUUAAAUUUUGUGAUAUCCGCGGAAUUCAACCAAAGACCUAUGUUAGCAAGUACUAUAGUUGCAGAUUUUAUAAGCAAACGUACAGUGGAAAUUUUUCACCAUUGGGUGAUGAGACAUAUUGGCCACCUUCUCCUUUCAGUUUAAUUGCAAACACUGAAUACGAGCGAACUUCAGGAGCGCGGACUACAACUAGAAGGAGGAAUGAAAUGGAUAUAGCUCCAGCUCGCAUGGCUAGAAAGUGUAGUACGUGCAAGCAAACAGGUCAUAACAAGAAUCGCUGCCCUGACAGAAAUCAGUAGUUGUUGUUGCUUGUUGGUUUUUAUGUUUUUUCUUAAGUCGUACGAUCGUUGUUUCCUUAUGUAAUCUUCCAAGAAUAUAUAACAUGUCUUGUGCCGUUUAAUAGUUAGUAUGUAAUUUAAAUUUACU